AUGUCCCUGGCCCGCACCGCCGCCGAGUCCAUGCUCUCGGACGCCCUGCUGCCUGACCGCAGGGGCCCCCGGCUGAAAGGCCUGCACCUGGAGUUACCCAUGGACCGGAUGGUCAAGUUCGUGGCCGUGGGGGUCCCGCUCCUUAUGCUGUCCCUGGCUUUUGCCCAGGAGCUCUCUGCCGGGUCUCAGAUCAACUGCUUCUCGCCGGGGAAUUUCAGCGUGCGGCAGGCCAGCUACGUGGACGGCGCCUGCUGGGAUUCCUUGGUUCACCACGAGUGGGAUGCAGCCGGAAACCACAAGACGAAGUCGCUCUGGGCGCACAAGGCUUUCCCAUACUCUCUCCUGGCCCUGGCCCUGGUGAUGUACCUGCCCAGCCUGCUCUGGAGGUUCGCGGCCGCCCCGGCCCUCAGCUCCGACCUCCUGUUCAUCAUCAGCGAGCUGGACAAGUCCUACAACCGCUCCAUCCGCCUGGUGCAGCACUUGGUCAAGAUCCGCCAGAAGAGCCCCGACCCCUACGCCUUCUGGGACGAGCUGGACAGGGCUCGCCGAGAGCGGUACUUUGAGUAUCCCCUGCUGGAGAGGUACCUGGCCUGUAAGCAGCGCUCCCACUCCCUGGUGGCCACGUACCUGCUCAGGAACUCCCUGCUGCUGCUCUUCAUCGCCGCGGCCUGCCUGUACCUGGCCUCCUUCCACCUGGACAUCUUCUUCCAGGAGGGGUUCGCCUGCUCCGUCAAGGAGGGGCUGCUGAGGGACGAGGUCCACGUCCCCGCCUCGAUCCCCUGCCGCCUGACCGCCCACUCCGUCUUCCAGGCGGUCAGCGUGUCCCAGGCGGUGGCGUACGCCCUGCUGGCCCCCGCGAUCGGGUACAACCUGGCCCGGCUGUGCCGGUGGGACCAGCGCCUCCUGGCCAUCUACGAGAUGCUCCCGGCCUUUGACCUCCUCAGCAGGAAGAUGCUGGGCUGCCCCGUCAACGACCUCAACCUGAUCCUCCUCUUCCUCCACGCCAACAUCUCCGAGCUCGUCUCCUUCAGCCGGCUGAGCGCCCUCUGCGUGCUCAAGGACGUGGCCCCCCAGAAGCAGCACAUCGACACGGUGGUGGACUUCAUGACGCUGCUGGCCGGCUUGGAGCCCUCGAAGCCCCGGCGUUCCGCACCAGAGCCGGCCCCGAGGGAAACUGGGGGGCACGUGGUGGAGAUGGGGGGUUCAGGGCUUAAGCCUCCCCCACUACCAGCCUACUGUCUCCCACCUCCAGCCGGCCGGAGCCCCAACCUGACUCCUACCAAGUUGGGGACCAAGGAAGCUGUGGAGCAGAUCUGUCUCGACCACCUGGAGUGUGGCUGCCUCUUCAGUCCGCACGCCACCAAUUGGCACCAGUCCUGGGAGUCGGGCCCCAAGAUCAAGGUCAUGUUUCUGGCCCGUGUUCCGGUUGGGAAUUUCACGCAGGGGCAGCCGUCGUUGGCCUGCCCACCCCGAUGGUCAGGAGACCCCAGCCGCGCCUAUGACAGCUGCGUGGACAGCCCGGUGACUCCCUCCUUCUUCUCCGACCUUGAGAAACACCAGAUUUACCCUGAGUUCGUCAUUGAGUACACCGAGGCCAAAAAGCGUGUCAUCCUGUGA